AAACCCUGUCUCAAAAAGCAAAACAAAAGAAAAACAAAAAGAAGAAAGCUAGACAUUGUAAUGCAUGCCUUUAAUCCCAGAACUCAGAAGGCAGAGGCAGAUGAAUCUCUGUGAGUUUCAGGGCAGCCAGAGCUACACAGAACUUGUGUUUAAAAAAAAAAAAAGUGUAGGUAUUGUUGUUUAUUUUGAGAUGGUCUUGCUAGGGAGCUCUGACUGGAAGGGAAUUUGCUAAGUAACCAUGCUGGUUUAAACUCAGCAAUUGUCCUGCCUUAACCUUCCUAGUGCUGGGACUGCAUACACCACGUGUGGUUUGUAAGACUCAUUUUAAUGACUUGGGUGUAUCCUUUGGUCGGGGGGAGGAGCAAGUUUCUCAUUCGUGCAUGAAGUACGGUCAUCUUUAGCAGAACUACGCAAGAAGACCUUCUAUACAUAUGGUGUUGCGUGUACGUAGAACAACAUGGGUGCCUGGCGGUCAGACAUAACAAAAUGUGUUGCUAUGCUUGUCAAAAGUGAGGUCUUCGACGGUGUCUGCGUGAGCAUCUACAUUCCAAACUAGGGGCUGGAUCAGAAGGAGACACAUGGGAAAGGUGUGGGCCACUCAUCUAGGAAGUUUGAUCAUAAAAGGAAAUCGACCACAGGACAGUUGGGAAGAGAACAGUUGUAUCAACUGGAGGCUUUUUUGAGAAAAGGCCAGGGAUUCCUCUGGCUUCUGAUAACCAAAAAAGAGGACCAGUGGAGAAUGGACCAUGGGUGAAGAAUGUAAGUACCAAGUGAUUUGAGGGAAUAUCCCUCCUCUUAAAGGGACCCCAUCUAAAAGAUAGGAAGAGAGGUCCUGUAAGCACACAAUAGAAGUAGAUGGAAGAAAUGGGUUAAGGGUCCAAGGACAGUGUUGGCUACAUAGCAAGUUUGAGGCCAGCCUGGAAUACAAAAUAAAGUAAAGUAAAACAAAAUAGAUGUGUCACUUUCCCUAGACCCCAGUUUUUUUCAUCGUCAGCUGUUGUAGUGACACGCCCUUUCAAACCUGUUCUCACGUGAGUGUGUCCUGGUGCCCCUAGUGUAAGGCAUCUGGGCUUUCUGGACUUUGAUUUUUCUCACUAGUGAAAUAGUGCUAUGGGGAUGGUGCCUACCUUGUGGCAGUGUUGUGCCGGGAAGUACAGGAAGAACUCACAGGGCUGAGGUACUGUCUGGGGGAAGGGUCGCUAGCGUGUCAAACCCAAGCCACAUGACCAAUGAUGUCACAAUGCCUUCCCAGACUCCAACUUGAGAGUCUCAGAUCCUUUGGAAUCAAGGAAUGGAACUAGCGUGCGACACGUCUAUCAACUGAAGGUUUCAUGAGUUCGCGCCUUUGCCAAGAUCUUGGCGAACAGUCUCUCACCGUGUGAUUGUAGCUCAGAAAUUAUUUUUCUUUUGGUGAUGAUCGUGCUGGGCUGGAUUCUUUUUGUUGGGCUUGCAUCCUACAUGGGGACAUUUCCAGAGGUGAUGCCUCCGACUCUAAAGUGGAAAGAGGGGUUGCCUGUUUGGGAGACCAAGGCACGGCGGAGAAGCCAAGCUUUGGAGGAUGAGCUGCUGCUGCUGCUGUGAGAUCAGGAACGAUGUGGAGGGGAUAUAAAUAUCCCCCAGGAGAGACCCCCUUGGAAGUGAACAAAGAUGACCCUGGUGAAGUCAUGCAGCUGUGAACAACACCCAACUGCCCAGUUCCUGUUGUAGGUUUCACAUAAAGUAAUCGCACAUUA